UCAACAUUUAGAUCGGUCAGCGAGUAAAAAUUAAGAGAUUAUUUUGGGAAGUUUCAAAAAGUUUAGGCGCGCUGAAGAAAUCGUUGGAGGUGCAGGGAGAAACGACCAUUUUUGUUUGUUUCACACACACUGCACGAGAGAGAGCACGAGAGAAACGCAAAACCCAGGAACGACGAAGUGCACCCACGGCAGCCAAGUCACUAACGACAGUGACGGUCACCCACGGCAGUCGACGACACGCUCAGAUUCGUUCAUGUUCUUCGAUUUUGUUUCUCUUCUUGGAUUCUUAUUGCCUUAUUUGUAGUGGUUAAUAAGGUUAUUCUUUCACCUGGGAAACCUUACAACGGCGAAGCUAACUCCGACGACGACAAUCACCCACGACGGCGUUGGUCACCCAUGGCAGCGACGACACAGGUGAAAUGGACCCCUAUGUUCUGAUACAAUACAAAGACCCAGAACAAAGGAGUAGUGUUGCCAUUGAAGACAUUUGGAGAGGAAAGGACAUUAACUUCUACAAAAAGUAAUCAACAAAUCCACUUAGCGGCACAAACAAGACCAUAAUAAACAACACGGGCCACAGGCAUUAUGGACAAUGCAACAUUUCGCAGUUUUCUUCAGGUUCUCCCCCCUGUUGAGUUUGCCUGCGUCUAUGGAUCAUCUCUUCAUCCAUCCAACCGCGACAAGACUACCAUGACAGAUUAUAUUAUUGGUGUGGCUGACCCCAAACAGUGGCAUUCUGAGAAUCUUAAAUUGAACAAGCAUCACUAUGCGUCCUGGAUGGUGCACCUUGGUGGGGAGAGGCUGAUUACGGGAGUUGCUGAUAAAAUUGGUGUGGGAGUACAUUUCAACCCUUUUGUCAGUUGGAAUGGAAAGCUAUUCAAGUAUGGUGUUGUUCGAAUGCAUGACUUACUUCAAGAUGUACACUAUUGGGAGAAAUUCUACUUGUGUGGUCGGUUACAGAAACCAGUUCAUGUUGUUGUUGAUAAUUUAGAUGUUAACAGCACCAAUUCUGUUAACUUGAGAGCUGCAGUGUCAGCUGCUCUUCUCCUGCUUCCAUCAGAAUUCACAGAGGCAGAUCUGUAUGCCAAAGUAUGUAGUCUCUCAUACACGGGGGAUGUACGCAUGUUAUUUGCUGAGGAUAAAAACAAGGUGAAGAAGAUCGUUUCUGGGCAGUUUGAUCUAUUCCACUCAAUGUAUAAGCCAUUUCUUGAAGAAUAUGAGGCUAAAAAGUUAUUGAGACUUUCAUCAACUGCCAAUAAUCAAAUACAUAUCUCUCAGGAUUUUGACUUAUCAGAUGAUUCUUUUCUGGUUUCUGCACUUCCUCAAUCAAUCAGAAACCAAAUCAGAAUGAAAGAAGGAGUGAAAGAAAAAUUAUGGGAAACUGGAAGAGCCUUAAAUGAUACUCGAAGCAGCUUAAGAGAAGAAGCUGCUAAUUCCUUACAGAGAAUUCUGAGGCGUAGAGUAAUGGUUUCAAGUGCAAGGCAGGCUGUAUCUGGUCUUCUAGCUGUUGGUGCGGUAAAUGCAAGCAGGUACCUUACUAAAAAAGUUAGCAAAGCCUGGAAAUCAUGGAGAUGAUUUUUUAUGUAUUCAUAGUCAUAGAGAUGAGAUUUUCUUGCUGACCUUGGAAAGUUUACAUAUAUAGAUUAGUGACCAUUUUCAGUUCUCAUUUCCUCCUUUCCUAUUCCCUUAUCUUGGAGGUAUCCUUUCCUUAAUUCUCUUGAGAAGCAUAUAUACUUGGCAACAGGUAUGGGCAGGGUGUUUGAUUUGUCAAUACAUUUUGUAGUUAAAUUUAGCCGUGCUUUGUUAGGCAAGUGGAGCCAUUUUAUUUUUAAA